AUGGCUUUAAAACGUAUCAACAAAGAACUCAAAGAUCUCCAACGUGACCCUCCUUCAAACUGCUCUGCUGGCCCUGUUGGCGAUGACUUGUUCCACUGGGAAGCUACUAUUGUGGGUCCUGAUGCCAGCCCUUACCAAGGUGGUGUGUUCUUUUUAUCAAUUCACUUCCCUACUGAUUAUCCAUUCAAGCCUCCCAAGAUCAACUUUACUACCAAAAUCUAUCAUCCCAACAUCAACAGCAACGGCAGCAUCUGUUUGGACAUUUUGAAGGACCAAUGGUCUCCUGCAUUGACCAUCACAAAGGUUCUCCUCUCUGUCUCCUCUCUUCUCACAGAUCCCAACCCUGAUGAUCCUCUUGUUCCUGAGUUGGCUCACAUCUACAAGACCGAUCGUGCUCGUUACGAAGCCACUGCCAAAGAAUGGACUAGAAAGUAUGCCACGGAAUAA